UGGGGAAAGACGGCGCACGCUUCGUGCAUAAAGAAAUUUUCCAAAAAAUCAACUUUUUGCAUCAAGUUUGUGGUUUUAAAAAAAUGUUUAAUUGUUUGAAAUUCAGGCUAAUAUGGAGAGAUAUCACACUGACGUCAUUUGCGUGAUUUGUCACUGGUUCCGUUAGGGUCAAAACCCUGGCCCUGGUUCCGAUACUGCCGAUAGUAGGGUCAAAACCCUGGUUCAUGAUUCCGAUAGGGUCAAAACCCAGGUUAGGAAUAGAUUUAGGGGUAAAACUCCGAUAGGUAAAUUAUUAGAAAACCUCCCACGAUGGCCGCCAUCUUGGUUGACACAACCAGUUAAUUUUGUCACUAAUGUAUCCCUUAAUCGAUCCCUAUGCCUACCUUGAACCCUAAUUCACUGUAACUAUAAAAACACGCAAAUGACGUCACGGGGUGAAAACUAAGAAUCAGCCCUCCGGGGUAGUAUAGCAUCGGUAAUUAAAAUAGACCCAAAACAGCUUUAAUAAAAUAAAAUACACCCAAAAUUGCUUUAAUACUUAAUAAUAUAAAAUACACACCACAAAGCUGUAGUUAAAACAGUUUUUAAGUUUAUUUAAAGCACUAUUUUACUCUGAACCAAAACAGACUGUCUAAUCACAGAUAGUCUUCCUGUCUAAUCACAGAUAGUUUUCGACAAGCGUAAUCAGGAAGUUUGGAAACAUGCCUGUGCGCCGAAACUGGUUACGAUAGGCAAAUUCUUACAGAUAUGACGGAGACAAUGCACGACUAGUUCCUAAUUGUCUUCUCAACUGCCGCUUCGCUCUCAUCCACAUUUUUUCGAUGUCCGAUUUAGGGUCCAGGUUAGGUCAUUGUUCUCAUCAUGCAGACUUUCCGAUGGUUGGUCUGUAAGUGGGUUCCUUCCCAAUUUUCACAUUGAUAUCGCCAAGUACUAUUUUGGUGUCAUGGCCUGGUGCCUCAUCAAAUACUCUUUCGAGUGAUUCGUAGAAAGUUUCCUUCAUGCUUUCAUCGGUAUCUUCCGUUGGUGCAUGUGCGCAGAUUGACGUCAUGUUUAACAUUUUUCCUCUUAUCCUUAUGGAGCAUAGUCUGUCACCCACUGGUUUAAACCAAAUGACCGCAUUUACUGUCACUCUUUUGACUGUAAACCCUGUUCCUAAGGUGUUUGUUUUGUUUCCACUGUAGAAUAUUGUAUACCCCUUAGUACUUAGGAUGUCUGAGUCUUUCCAUCUGAUCUCCUGCAGUGCCAUACCCACAAUUCUAUAUCUUAGCAAUUCGUCACUGAGGCGGGCCAAUGCUCCCGCUCUAUAUAGACUAAGUACAUUCCAGGUCGCUAUCCAUAUAUCCUAUUUUUGUUCAGGCAUGGGUCGAAAUCCAAAAUUAUCAGUCCAUUUUUCUGUAUAUGGUUUGACUUUUGUAACACUUGAUUUUUUACGUGACAGCAUUGUCAGCCCUGCGCACAACCGUCUGGGGUCCCUCUAUCCUAUGUGGAUCCCUCCACUUCCUACAAGGCAGAAGGUACUGAUUUUGGUCCGCCCCGGGUAUUUUAUUUCACGGGUAUCCACCAUAUUUGGUGGGCUUUCCUCUAUCCGCCACCUGGGGAGGCGCUCGAUAGAAGAUCAGUAUCUAAACAAGUAGUACACUAUUAAAUUUGUGCCAUAUCAGAAAAUUAAUAGUUGAUAAUCCCUAAUAUGAUUCUGAAUCCUACUUCUUUUUACUGGUCUAAGUAACAAUGACUUGGGCUUGGGUGCAAAUAUACCCCAAAACUCACACCUAAAUUUAACCUAAUAGUGCACCCUUUGGCAGUAAUAUAUCCUCUAAAAUAGUUGAGCAGAUGCAUAAGCAAGUUUGCCAUAAAUUCACAUCAAAACAAAUAUAAAAAUAUGUCUCCUCAAACUAAGUAUAGGCUAGUAAGUUAAGACCAUAUGUGUAUUCAUGUGAUAAUGCCAACCGAAAAAAAAAUAAUAUUGCCUUUUAGCAAGUUGAAUGUUUUUAAAAAUAUAUGACUCUCUAUUCUUGCAUUAUAAUUUGUAUCUAUUUCAUGAGAAGUAAUUGGAAUAAUAAUUUAAAUUUGCUUUCCUGGCUUAAAAUAAUUAAAAAUUAAAACACAAGCAAAUUUUAUCACUGCAUAGAUUUUGAAUUCUUUAGAUUGAAGAUCAUAAAAACUUUGAAAGAUGAAAAUGCUAAAUUUAAACUAUCUAGGAAAUAACGAAUUUGUUUAAAAUUGCCUUAAAUUUUAAAGUUAAAACUGCUUUAAUGACACACAAGGAGAGUUGGGAUACAAAUUUUAACAAACCAAAAAACACAUCUGCAAAUUUCAAUUCAAUUUUUAUAUCAUAGGCAGCAAGAUUAGUUUUACAACAUGAUCCAAGCAAUUAUCAGUUAUGCCAAUAUUAUAUCUCUACGAUGAGGACUGUGGCGCAGAAACACGUGAUCAGAAUGUAAGUAGUUACCUACAAUGUUAAAUGAACUCACCUGUUAAAUUGUUUUUCAAGCAAUCUAGUGUAACCAGCAAAAUGAACCAUUUUAUAGAAACAGUCUGGCGACAUCUAAAUUUGUGAGCCCUCAGGAACAGAAAAUGAUUGUGUUGAUAAAGUGUUAAGUUUACUGAAGCACAUUUGCUCUCUGCAAUCUGAAUAUAUUACCGUUAUUAUAUAUAACUGAAUAUACUACUUAUCAAUAUCUCGAUAGUUCUGAAGAUUUAUUUUUACAAUUAAAAUAUUAUAUUCUAGAAUUACGUUUGAAAUGAUUCGCAUUGGCUUUUAUGCAUUUUAUCAGAUGAUUUAGAUAUAGAAGUUGCGCCAUCUUUGUUUUGCAGUCUCAAGAAAACUAUUUGUGGCUUAGGGUAUUCAUAACACUGUAUACUUGCUCAACUGCUUCACGGCUGUUAUAUUUUUAAAUUAAUUUUUUUACACUUUUAUUAAGGGUGUUUUCAUAUCUGUCUGUCUGAUUUUUUUCCACGGAAGUACUAAACAAAAUUAUGGGAAAAAAAAUGAUGAAGCUCAUUAACUUUUGACUAGUUUUUCACACCAGUUUCUGGGAAUUUUUGGUCAAAAAUUUUAAUUUCAAUUGGCAAUUAAAAGCCUAUCACCAAAAGUAGUCACGGCACUUCAUAAUCUUUUUUUCUUAUAAAUCAUUUUUACUCCAGAUGGAAACGUAUCAUUUUAAAAAAGGAAAGCAAAAGUUUUAAUGAGACAUGUGCCUUGGGGCAAGUUUCUUAGACAUGUGCCUUGGGGCAAGUUUCUUAGACAUGUGCCUUGGGGCAAGUUUCUUAGACAUGUGCCUUGGGGCAAGUUUCUUAGACAUGUGCCUUGGGGCAAGUUUCUUAGACAUGUGCCUUGGGGCAAGUUUCUUAGACAUGUGCCUUGGGGCAAGUUUCUUAGACAUGUGCCUUGGGGCAAGUUUCUUAGACAUGUGCCUUGGGGCAAGUUUCUUAGACAUGUGCCUUGGGGCAAGUUUCUAAGGAAGUGGCUGACCGAAUACUCUGGAAUUAUCUAUGUUUCAUUAAUCAGACCAUCACAUGCAUUUUGCAGACGUUGCAAAAAAGAAAUUUAAGUGCUUACUUCAGGCUUUUAUGACAUUAAAGCACAUUUUAAAAUAAGUUAUGGAACAAAAACAAUGACAUUUUUUGUUUGAGUUUGCAAACUCAUCCAUAAAUUAUCAAGGAGGCAAAGUUUGCAUGCAUUCAAAACUUUGAAAAUUAAAUUAAAAAGUUACAAUUUGUUUAUUUUGUUACUUUUCAUUUUCACUGUACAGUUUUUCAUGCUGUGGUAGUUUUUGAUCCAGCCAGUUGCCAUGCAUUUGUUCAAUUUCAUCACCAUUAACUUAAACCCAUCCUAACGUAUUAACAUUCAAACAAACUACCAUAAUUUCAGGCAUCCUUCUAUAAAGAGAUCCUUCUGUAAGAGCUGCAAUAUCAUAUUAAUUUCUGGUCAGACUUGCAGAAUCAGAUUUCGAAGUAAGUCCUUCUAAAUUUAAUAAUUACAUACGCCAUAAAAGGAACUGACUAGCUGUUUGAAAAUUUCAAGAUACAUUUCCUGAUUUAUUUGUACUUUUCUAAUUGAAUCAAAUUGUUACUGUAACUUUAAUUGAAAUGGCUGCAUCUAUUAAAAAUAUUUAUUACAACUCAUUCACAUCUGAUGCAUUUGAGGCGUAACUAAUAUGUUUUACAUAACUUUUUGUGAAGUGUUCUUUUUCUCAGAGAGAUGUGACACAAAUGUUUUUUUGAGAGGUAUUGACUGAAAAAGUUGGGCUCAAUUUAAUUUUAGCUUUCUUCUGAAAUUUAAGUAGAUAUCUGCCAAUCCCAGAAAAGGUUUUUAAAAAAUCAUGAUAAUAGUUUAAUAAAAAUAAAAUAAAAUUUCAUAAUAAUUACUGAUUGCUAUGAAUAUUUUUCAAACAGGUAGAAGUGAGAAGCACACUGUAGUGACAUGUCUUCAUUGCGGCACUAUGAAACGUUUUAUGUGGAGACAGAAUUACAACUUGUGGCUCGAUAGACCAGAAGCUUGGCUUCCCAAUAAAAAAGCUACUGUUAAAUCUUGAGCUUUUGAUAAUUUAGAAUAAUUAAUAUUUUUGCUGCCAUGCUGACUCCAAAAUGUUUGAAGAAAGAUGGCUUGAGGAAGAUAUUUUGCUGCUACCGUAAAUUUGUACCAAACCUAUUUAUUCAAAGGACGGUAGUUUGAAUGGAAGUUUUUUGAAAUGUUAUUUGUUGGACAGAGAUUUUUUAAUUAUUUUUUUGAAGAUGUGAGUGAGACCAGUGGAAAAUAUAAAAUUUUAAUAAAUUUAAUUUUUUUUUUGUGUAUUUUUUCUGUUUAAGCUAACUUCCAUUCCAGCAAUAUGGGC